GCAUCAAGUCAGUUCCUAAAACCCUUUGCCAACCUCCAGGGCAAACUCAACUCCAGCAGAAACCCUUAUGGCCCAAGACCACAGCGCCGACGCCGUCGCCGUCGCCGUCGCUGCCGCUGAGUGCCAGCACCUGGCGGCUACUUCUCCUCCGACAAAUCCAAAAACUACCUGGGAGGGCUGCAGCGUUCUUCUAGACAUCAACGACGGUGACCGCCUAGUCUUCGCUCGCCUCUCUCCCGCCGCGACUCUUAAAAUUGGGAACAAGAAAUGCUCGCUCGGCCCAUUGUUGGGUUGCCCGUUUGGCUCUCUGUUUCGAGUUGGGAAUGGUCCCGGUGGACCGUGCCUGUCUCGUUGUUCUCACUCCACCUCUGGGGCUUCCGAUAAUGCUCUACAAGCAAUUGAGGAGGAGAGCAUAGCUGAAGAUUCAAGAGAUAAUCGACUAUUAAUUGACAAUAAUACAGCCCAAAAUUUAUCUAGUGAUGAUAUAGAUGCAAUGCGGAGAAACGGUGCUACUGGUGAUGAAAUUGUUGAAGCUCUUAUUUCUAAUAGUGCAACAUUCGAGAAAAAAACUGUGUAUUCACAAGAGAAGUACAAGCGCAAGAAACAAAAGAAAUAUGCACCUAAGGUACUCUUAAGGAAACCAUCUGCUCGAAGCAUAUGUGAAACAUACUUCAAGAAAUUUCCUGCUCGAAUAGGAUUUUUGCGAGUGGACACACUCUCUCUCCUCCUCAGCAUGGCUAAUGUAGGCGUUCAUUCAGAUGUCCUUGUGGUAGAUAUGAUUGGAGGCAUGGUUACCGGUGCUGUUGCUGAACGUCUGGGAGGCACAGGCUAUAUUUGUAGCACUUAUUUUGGUGUAACGCCAUACCCAUCAGAUAUAAUAAGAAUGUUCAACUUCAAUAGUGAAGUAUACAGCAGGAUUGUGCAUGUACCUGUUUCUGAUCUCUCCAAAUCACUUGAUGACUUUGUGCACUCAGAAAUAAAUGCUAAAGAGCCAUCUAUGCUUCCUGAAUCUGCUGAAUGCAGGAAUUCAGUGGAUAUAUCAGAAGUACCAAUUCAAAAUUUUGAUCUUAUAAAGGAGAAAUCUCUGAACAAUGAACAGACAUCAGUUAUGUCUGAUGUUGGUGAAUCUCAACAUGUUGCUUCAAUUUUAUGCCCCUCUGGUGCAAAUGAUUUGGAGCUUGGACAUGAUACACCAAUAUCUGAUAAACUUGUCAAUAAGGGAAGGCAAGCACCAUUAGAAACCAUAAAGCAGUGGAAGACUAACGGCUUUAGUGGUUUGAUAGUUGCUGCACCAGAAGCUGAGGUGGGGUCAAUAGUUCACAAGCUUCUACCACUUCUAGCAUAUUCUGCACCCUUCGCAAUUUACCAUCAAUAUCUUCAGCCCCUUGCAGCAUGCAUGCACAACUUACAGACUUCCAAACUAGCAAUCAGUUUGCAAAUUUCUGAGCCUUGGCUUAGGGAAUACCAGGUUCUUCCAUCACGAACUCACCCACUGAUGCAAAUGAGCAGUUUUGGCGGCUACAUUCUUAGUGGAAUCAGAAUCCGCAACAGUGUUCCAAGCAGCAUAUAAAUGCUGCUUUUGCUCUGGGGUUCUCUUCUAUUUAAACCUUUAGCGGACCUUUCCUGACUGGUUGUGGUUGUCGUCGGCUGUAGCAUUCACUGUGGCCUGCUAAUUAUGAGAUUUUUCUGAGGAUGUGGUGAGUGCAGCCAUCUUGUUGUACAUGUAUUUAUCAUAUAUACUAUCUUGGUCCUUCAAAGUAACUUGUUCCUUUUUGAGAAAUCAUAAUGACCUAAACCAACCCUGAAGCUUGAGAUUCGUAGCCCAACCUUGUCAGGAAAAAGCAACUGGUUAAUGCAGCUAGUGAUUUUCUGUCUUCCAAAAUGUUAUUCCAUACCGUUUUCAUUUCGAAGAUAGUGAAAUGUUUACGCUUUGAAUGACUAGAUGUGAUUUCUUAACCUAUGAACUUAGUGAUAGCUAUAUUAAUGUGACUUUUUUCAA